AUGUCGCAGCCGCCGUCGAAAUCCCAUGGAAAACCAGGGUCGGAGUCGGGAUCGGGAUCGGGAUCGGGGUCCGGUCAAGGGCCCGGGCAAGGACCAGGAGGUGGUUGGCCCGCGAGAUCGAGCGUGCCCGGCCACUUGAGGCCCCCGUCGCCCUACACGCCUUCGAGUUCGUCGCAUCCGCAACGCGCUCGAGGAACGCCGACGCCGACGCCGACGCCGACGCCGGUUCAUCACGCUCAUCCUACGUCGCCGCUGACGUAUUCCGGAACGAUGCAUCCGAUGAGCCCGGUGCCGAUCGGGAUGCCGGUCGGCAUGCCGAUCGGGAUGCCGAUCUCGCCUGGGAUUUCGCCGGUGUUCGGUGCACCGACUUUCGUACAGUGUCCCAGACCCAGGUGGCCGUCGCCUCUUCCUCUCAUCGGCCAGACGCCCAGGCCUUACAUACCGACCCAGAGUUCGGCGGAAAGCGGGACGUCGUCGCCAUCGAUCGCCGGACCGCCCGAAUACAUGAUCGGCGCCUACAGAUCCGGCGAUUACGAAUACGUCGGCGUACCUUUGGAGCACUCGCAGACCGAGGAGGAAUCCAGCGGUCCCAGCACCGCGGAAAUAAUAGCCAACCAGAGCCAGGAUUACGUGGACGAGAAGCUCGCGGAGUACCAGGCCACCAUACAGCAACUUCAAAAUAAUUGA